CUGCUUUGAGGACUCCGGUUACCAGGAGUCUGUUAAGUCAGUUGAUGGAUUCUCUGCUGGGCAUCAGAUGCAGAGCAUCCAUCUUCUCUAUCCCAGGUGGGAUCAGAAGGCGAUUUGCUGACAUUUGUGACAAAAACUCUGGACUGAGUGUAGAGAUUUGGAAGAAUAUCAUUUUCUGACCCGAGAAAUCAGAGCUUUGUAGCAGUGUGCUACCUAAAGGAACCCAAGGGAUUGAUUGCUGUAGCUUCCCUGACAUUCCUUUUUCGGUGUUUGUCUGCUUGCUUUUCCAGUGGUUUUAGAUCACGAAACACUAUGAGCACAAGGCAGCGGAAGUGCUGUGGGGAACCAGUUGAUUCCAGACAAGCUCGGAAACGAAGAAGGCUGGUGACUUCUAACACAGGUGGAGACUCAGAAGCAGAGCCAGUAGACCCCAGAGAAAGUGCUGUUGAAGAAGCCGUAGAUCUCACAGACAGAUCUUCUGAGCCUGAAGUCAGUGACCUAACUGAUGAUAAUUCAGUUGUGCAGUGGCAGCAGAGCCAGCAAUACCCACGUUUUUUCAGAGCAGCAGAUAAUUCAGCAGUGCUACUGAUGAGUGACAAUGAAGAGGAACAAGGAGAUUACGAUGACAUAUGGCCAGCAGGCCCUGCAAGUUCUCUGUUCUGGGUGGAUGAGGACUCAGAGCUUCUUGAAGAAUAUGAACAACAAAGGAGAAACGUUACACUAAGAAGCCAGCGACAGUCAGACAGCUCUGUACUGGGUAGCAACGAGGAAGAUGAAGCGAUAGAUGAUGAUGUGGCAUGGCCAGCAGGUACUAUUAGGUGUCCGAUUUGCAUGGAUUUUUACUCAGAGAUUCUGCAAAGUGAACGACUGUUUUUGUCAACCCAGUGCGGCCAUGUCUUCUGCAGUCAGUGCCUCCCUGUUGCCCUUGAGACUGCCAACACAUGUCCAAUCUGCAGGACAGAACUCACUCAUGAACAGUAUCAUUCCAUUUAUAUAUGAGCACUUCUAUUUCUCAGGACAGACUCAGAUGGAUCUUGGGGGAUAGGCCGCGUAAAGACCUUUUCCUUCAUGUAUAUAGUUAUUCUUGUAUAUAGUUCCAUUUUUCCUGAAUUUAAUUAUAAAUA